GGAAACCAAAUUUUGUGAAAUGGAAAAAAAUUGAUCACAUACGUCAAAGCUCCAAAAACAACUUCCGACAACAAUUCUGUACUGUUCCAUCCUUUGCACAGUGACUGUAUAGACGAGUAAAACAGCAGGCGAUUAGAAAGAUGGCUGCUCAGUGCUUACAGCCAUUUCUCAACCUUAGCUCGCAGCCGAACAUUGUGGACGAAACAUGCCCGAAGAAUGAAGUCUGCGAGCUACAUCUGCGCCAGGUCAUUGGAUUUAAUGGCAACGUGAAGAAAGGUCUCAUUGUGCACACCAAGGGAGACCACGUGAUCUUCCCAGUAGGCUACUCUGUCGUGAUUGAGAAACUUAUAGGACCCGGUGCCGGCUCUCAGGAGAUAUUGACCGGACAUACAGAUACGAUAACAGCUAUGGCCUUGUCCACCGAUGGCCAGUUCCUUGUCACGGGACAACAAAUAGCCCAGGAAAUGAAGGCACCGAUAAUACUGUGGGAUUGGUGCAGCCGUGAGAAACUUAUGGAGUUUCCUUUGCACAAGACAAGGGUGGAGUACUUGGCCUUCACUUGCAACAACAAGUACUUUAUCUCCCUUGGCGGCCAGGACGAUGAGAGCGUUGUCUUCUGGUGUGUCCUGGAAAAGAAGCCUCUCUGUGGCAAGUUGGCUACUCUCAAAAGGACAGGGAUCAUGAGAUGUGUGGCCACAUCUAAGGUCAACGAGUUCAGCUUUGCGUCAGGAGGAGAUAGUUAUGGAAGAAUAUGGACGUUUGACAGUUCUAACAAGUCGUUGGACAAUAUCGAAUUACGCUUUGCCAACAAUACACGGGUCAUUGAUUGUAUGGAGAUUGUAGACGACAAUCCCAAGAAUCCGUUGGUAUUCUGCGGAACGACUUCCGGCGAUGUGAUGGUGUUUCAUGCAGUAGGCGGAGCCCUGCAAUUCGUGGUACCGAACAAACAGAUCGCUGGAGGCAUCACAAGCCUCGCUUACACCAGGAUGCUGGAGGACAAUGUCUUCUGUUUGUUGAUUGGCUCAGGAGAAGGAAAGAUGGGAUACUACACUGUCACGUUGUCUGUGGGGAAAGGAAAUUUGGUGAGUGGAGCUAUGGCAAUGUAUAAAGGCUACAAAACAUGGUCAAGUGACAGGGAUAACUCUGCCGUCACGUCUAUAUCCAAAAUUGGUGCUGGACAUCAGUUUUACAUCGGCACAAAGAACUGUCAGAUCUACCGCUUCAACCUGGCCAAGUGGACAGCAGAACUAGUCAGGACAUGCAGUAACAACAGAAUCAACUCCAUUGCCUUCCCUAGAGCUUCAGAUGAACUGAUGGUUGUUGGAGAGUUUGAAUACGUCAGAGUGUUUAAUUUAAAGAUUCUCCUGGAGGUACGCCGCUACUUCCGUGCCAAUAGAAACUGUCUUGUUGUUAUGGUCAGCCAUGACGGGACUGCUCUAUUCACAGGGUGGGACAAUGGGGAGACAAUCAUACUGGGCUUCGAAGCAGACGACUUGAGUUUGAAGGAACUUUACAGAAUCGACAACACACAGAAACAGGCAGUGACAGCCAUGGCUUUAACCUCCAGGUCUGACUUGCUGGUGACAGGAGGUAACGACGCCCAGUGCAGGGUUUGGAAACUUGUAGCUGACUUAGACUGCCGUGGGCGCAAAGUGCGCCAAGGUCUCCUAUUGUAUAACUUUGUUGAUCAAGCUGGACCCAUUACCAUGAUCAAGAUGUCAGAUACAGACAAAGCUUUCGCCUCCACUAGUAUGGAUGGAACAGCGGCUAUCUACGACCUAAACAAAGGUGUGAGAAGACUGAUCGUCAAAGUGACCAAUGGUCUCAAUGCUGUGGACUUCUUGACGGAUGAGUGCCAGUUCAUCGUCUGUGGCUCGGCGGGGAAAAUUUUCAUCUUUGACUCUACUGACGGCGAAUCGUUAAUUGAGCUGGAUGGGGUUAAACACGGCUCAGUCAACUGUCUGGAAGUGGAAAAGAAAUUCAGAGCCAUCUUUGUGACAGUGGGCGAGGACAGACUUGUGAAGCUCUGGCACACGGAGCAAGGGGUGGUCACUCACGUAGGACGAGCACACAGUGACGACAUCAUCUGCUGCAGGCUGGGCUCCUGUUCCUCGCUCUUGGUGUCUGGGGGAAAGGAUGGAACCAUCUGUAUCUGGGACCUGCCACAGGGUGCACUUCAAGGAUAAAGACUAGACUGGGACUGGCUUUUCAUAGUUUUAAAUAUUUAUUAUAUUUUUGGAUUGUUGGGGGAGGAGGUUAGCCGAGCGAACUGUAAGGCUAACUACAAACGAUUUUUAUUUCUUAACUAGCUCAAAAUUAUCGCUUUUCUUUUCCACUACAGUAGUCAUAAAAAUGAUUACACGCUUGUGCUCUCUUUUUUUAGUUUUAGACUUUACUGUGCUAGGGCCAUGAUGAGUGUUUAAAAAGUUGAGAUAGGCCUGAAUAACUGACUUUAAUUAGCUUUGUAUAACAUGCCAAGAUGUUUUUAAGCUCUGUCAGGCUCUCUGAAAUAUGGUCGGAUGCAUGAUGAGCUAUUUGCACAUUUUCUGUGUUGAGAUGAAAGAUACCAUAUUUAAUACAGUGUUAAGGCAUAGCUUAUAAAUUAAACCUCUUAAGUGGCUGGUUAUUUACUUCUCUAUCAUUAAUUUAAUUUAACUGAACUUAAAGAAAAAUGUUUUCAACAAGUAUGUCAGUACAAUGCAGCACCUAGCAUGAGUCUUUCAGUGUACAUAGCAUGCCUUUACUUAAUCUAUUAUUUAUAAAGAAAACAUUUGUCACGCCUGUGUUAGCUGUUAGUAUGAAGUCCUUUCUGUAUUUUGUUGCCUGACAAACCAAUAUUGUCUAAAUUAGAUUUUAAUUAUGAAUA